UUCAAAAGCAUCAAUUCUUCAUCUCUCAGCUUUCUUUAUAGUCCAGCUCUCACAUCCAUACAUGACCACUGGAAAAACCAUAGGAAUAGGUAGUGUAUUAUGGAAGCUGUUUUAAAGUUUGCAUGAAAGCAGGUCUGUACCUGUUCAACCUGCAGUGUUCUUUGCAUGGCUCCAAUUGACUAGGAACAUGAGUCUUAGAACAUGUUUUUAAAGUGCCUAUGUACUUAGGUUCUUCAGAAUCUAAUGUAGACUUCAUGUUUAUGACAUAAUAUUUAACGUAAAACCAUAGAGCAUAUGGGAUUUAAUCAAUAAAAGCUACAAAUGGAUAUCAAAUCUCUUGUUAUAAGUAUGAUCAAUAAGAAUAUAAUUCAAAAUAUCUCUAUAGGUAAUAUUUAUAAGAUUGGUAUCAGAAUGAGAACUGGCUGUAACUUAUCUUUAGUAUAAUAGUUUUUUUUGUUUUUUAUGGGGUGGAAAGCCCUUUUAAGUAGACACCUAAAGGUAAUUUAGUGGUAGCUUCUAUUUUCACUUCUUUCUAAAUGCAGUGUCUAUGUGGCUUAUGUCCGAGCUUAUAAUACUUUGUUUGUGAUACAUUAUGUUCAAAACAAAGAUUUCAGAGUAAUAAUAAUAAGAUAAAUAUGUAAGAUGCAUCUAAGAAAUUAUUUGAAUAUCUGAAAACACCAACAAUUUUUGGUGAACAGUUUGGAGAACAGUUCGAGGAAAUAUUAUAAAGAAAUAAUGUAAUAUGCCACAUAUUUGAAAUUUGUUUUAGUUGCUAUUUUGAGCUACAUUAAAAUGGUUGUACAUAUUGAACUCUCGACAUUGCUAUUAUAUUUUUAGGGGAAGUGAAGUGCAUUGCAGGUAUACAGUGUACAGAUUGAAUAUCCCUUCUGUCAAUUUCUAAUUUACAGAUAAGACCUGAGAAGAUACCAGUGGGUCAGCUACUUUAAGUUAGGGAUUAUAGUUCCUCAGAAGAGAUGACUGGAGAAAAGAGCAUCUUUCAUGAGCUACCUUUUGUGGGAAAUGAUGUGACAUUCCUUCACUUGCUUACACAGCAGUUCACUCUAAGUAUGUGCUAGGGAAAAUGCAGACCAGGGAUCAUUUAGUUAACAUUGGCAGGUGAAGACUGGCUGUACGUUCAGGGUCACAACCAAAUUUUAGAACUUUUUACAAGAGUCUUUGAAGAGCAGGGGUAACUGUGAGGUUAAUUUUUCAUGAAGUAAUGAAUACCUUUACUUUGAGGUAUUAAUAGCCAGCUUUUGCACGUGAAGAGAUAUAUAUAUAUAUAUAUUUACUUUUUUAUUUAAUAUUUGUAAGUUAUCAAUGUUUGAAUGAGAGUGAGAAGUGUAUUCAGUCCUCUUAAGAUCACAGAAUAGACAUGGACAUAAAACAAUGGACCUUGCCCUUCUGUUUCACUCUCUGCCUGGAUUUUGGAAAACAUUGCUUAUAUAAAACUUUAAACCUAAAUGUGAAUAGAAACAUGAUAACGGAUAAACCAACUUUUGUUGUGUGAUGUGGUAAUGUGAAUAGAACAUUAGAAUAAGACACAUGAUUUUGACUUUGGUCCUGCUUGUGACUUUGGGCCUCGGGUUCUUGACAUUAAAAGAGAAGGUCUGAAUUAGGUUUAUUCUUUCAAAAGGCCAUUGACUUAGGUGCUCUUUGGAUUUGUGAGACCACUGGAUUUGUCAGUGACCAAACAGUUGGGUUAGAAUAAAGGCCAUUGUUUUGAUUGUUUUUUUUUUUUUUUUUUGUCCUUUUAAAAGAAUUCCCUUCUCAGAGGUAGGUUCUCUGUAGAUACAGACUUGCAUUUUUAUGGAGGCUUAAGUGUUCUUAAAGUUUAUUCUGCCCAAUUACUUUCCCUUUCUAAAGAAGACAACAGAGCCCAAAGAAGUAGCCUUUAUCAGUUAGUAAUAACCUGGCCGCAAUCUCCUGUCUUUGCACAUUUGAACUAACCGUCACAUUUUACAUUUCAAUCAAUUUAAUCUACCUAGUGGCCACACAGUGGUACGGGGAUUGUAGAUUGUUUCUGAAAAUCUCUUGGAACUGUUAGUUCUUCCACAGCAUCGAAUUAUUGACAGUAAGAUUUAAACUAAAAAAAAAAAACAAAAAAAAAAAACCCAAAGCAAAACACCCCCUCCCUUAGUCUGGAGGACCCUUAAAGGUCAUGUCAACUGAAAAAAAUUCGAAUGAGUUUGAAGGGCGCGAACACGCUAAAGAGACUGGAUGCUUUCCUGAAGUGUGAAGAGACUCCAUGGUGUGGCAGGGACUUUUUGCCCUACUUAAACACACAGCUUAACAGCAGCCUGGAAUUCUCUGUGGAUGACAAGAGGAACCUGUCACUUGAGUCUCUUCUUCCCGAAGCCCUCCCACAGCAGGCUUGCACAUGGCAAGGCGAGGCUGCCGUUUCCCAAGCGUCCGCUCCGCCAGCUCGCAGGGGACGAGCUGAGAGCGGUGGCUGCCGCCUGUUGAUCCCAUUUCCUCUCGCUCUAGUCCGGGUUAGGGAGUGGCUCUCUCCCAGGACCUUCCAGUGUUUUCGUGCUCGGGCUCCGGCGUUCGCACGGCUCCGGCGCAUUGUUUUCUUCUAGGCAGCCCCCCCGGUUCGCGCUUGAGCUCAGAGCUUUCUCUUGCCCGCCGUCGUCUCGGGCUGCGUGUAACUCGCUGGUUUCUGCGCGCUCUCCACGCCCUUGCCAGUUUCCUGUUAGCCCAAGGGAUCGCUCUUUGCGAACGAAAAAGUUCUCCGAGCCGAGUGGAGCCUCCCGGAAAAUGCUCUUCUCUUCCGUGUGCGCCGGAUGGGGGUGGGGGUGGGCCAGAAACUGAAGGCCACGGUCAGGAGAGCCGACGGGACCCGGACCUCCGGGCAGAGGCGGGAGAGGAGUCGGACAGGAUGGCCGGGGCCGGCAGCCAACACCACCCCCCGGGCGCGGCGGGAGGAGCGGCAGGCGCCGCAGUCACCCCCGCCACUGUCCCGGCGGGGCCCGGAGACGACUCGUCAGACAGCGAAGCGGAGCAGGAGGGACCCCAGAAGCUGAUCCGCAAAGUGUCCACCUCGGGGCAGAUCCGCACCAAGACCAGUAUUAAAGAGGGACAGCUCUUGAAGCAAACCAGUUCCUUCCAAAGGUGGAAAAAGCGAUACUUCAAACUUCGAGGUCGUACACUUUAUUAUGCAAAGGACUCAAAGUCUCUGAUAUUUGAUGAAGUUGACCUCUCAGAUGCCAGUGUCGCUGAAGCAAGCACAAAAAACGCUAACAACAGCUUCACGAUAAUCACUCCAUUUAGAAGACUAAUGCUGUGCGCUGAGAACAGGAAAGAGAUGGAGGAUUGGAUCAGCUCGCUGAAGUCUGUACAGACCAGAGAACCUUACGAGGUGGCCCAGUUUAACGUGGAACAUUUCUCAGGGAUGCAUAACUGGUACGCGUGCUCCCACGCCCGCCCCACUUUCUGUAACGUGUGCCGAGAGAGUCUUUCUGGAGUCACCUCCCACGGCCUGUCCUGCGAAGUGUGUAAAUUCAAGGCUCACAAACGCUGUGCAGUGAGGGCAACGAACAACUGCAAGUGGACGACCCUGGCCUCCAUCGGGAAGGACAUCAUCGAGAACGAGGACGGGGUGGCUAUGCCUCACCAGUGGCUCGAGGGUAACUUGCCCGUGAGCGCCAAGUGUGCCGUCUGCGACAAAACGUGCGGCAGUGUUCUCCGUCUUCAAGAUUGGAGAUGCCUUUGGUGUAGAACGAUGGUACACACUGCCUGUAAAGAUUUAUAUCAUCCUGUAUGUCCACUUGGCCAAUGUAAAGUAUCUGUCAUACCUCCAAUUGCACUGAACAGCACUGAUUCUGAUGGUUUCUGUAGAGCAACAUUUUCAUUCUGUGUUAGUCCUUUAUUGGUUUUUGUCAAUUCUAAGAGUGGAGAUAAUCAGGGAGUAAAGUUUCUUCGUCGAUUUAAACAGUUACUAAAUCCAGCUCAGGUGUUUGAUUUGAUGAAUGGCGGUCCUCAUUUGGGUUUAAGAUUAUUCCAGAAGUUUGACAAUUUCCGGAUUCUUGUUUGUGGAGGAGAUGGAAGUGUAGGUUGGGUUUUGUCAGAAAUUGAUAAGCUCAACUUGAACAAACAGUGUCAGCUGGGAGUACUGCCUCUGGGUACAGGAAACGACCUUGCCCGGGUUCUCGGCUGGGGAGGCUCGUACGAUGACGACACCCAACUUCCUCAGAUACUUGAGAAGCUGGAACGAGCCAGUACCAAAAUGUUGGACAGGUGGAGUAUUAUGACCUAUGAACUCAAAUUGCCGCCAAAAGCUUCUCUACUUCCCGAACCUCCAGAGGCAUCUGAAGAAUUUUAUAUGACAAUUUAUGAAGACUCAGUUGCAGCUCAUCUUACAAAAAUCCUCAAUUCUGAUGAACAUGCAGUGGUCAUAUCUUCUACCAAGAUACUCUGUGAGACUGUAAAGGACUUCGUUGCCAAAGUAGAAAAAGCACACGAGAAAACGCUGGAAAAAGCUGUUGCAGCCGAUGCCGUGGCCAAUAAAUGUUCCAUCCUAAAUGAGAAGCUUGAACAACUGCUCCAGGCUUUGCACAUAGAGUCCCAGGCAGGUCCAGUUCUCCCAGGCGUCAGCCCUCUCAUGGUAGAAGAAGAUGCUGUGGAAUCUUCCAGCGAAGAAUCCUUGUGUGAGAGCAAGGAACAUCUCUUGGAUGACACUACGAAACCCUCUUCCCAGAAGGCUGUCAAACCAAGGGAAAUAAUGCUACGGGCAAACAGUUUAAAGAAAGCAGUGAGGCAAGUCAUUGAGGAGGCCAGAAAAGUGAUGGAUGACCAGCCAGUUCACUCCUCUGAACUAGUUAAUCAGUCAUUCGAUUAUGAUAGCACAGAAGCAGAUGAUUCCAAAGAUCAUUUAAAAGAAGAUGAUGCAAAAGAGUCAUUAACUGUUAAAGGUGCACCUCGGUCUCCGGAUGGCCGGGCUGGUCGUUCCCAAACUGACUCUGGCCCUGGUGCCCCUGUGGCAGCCAGCAAGGAAAACCUCCCUGUGCUCAAUACCAGAAUAAUUUGCCCAGGUUUAAGAGCAGGACUAGCUGCCUCAAUUGCUGGAAGUUCUAUUAUCAACAAAAUGUUGCUAGCAAAUAUUGACCCUUUUGGUGCCACGCCAUUUAUUGACCCAGAUCCAGAUUCAGUAGAUGGCUAUUCAGAAAAAUGUGUCAUGAACAAUUACUUUGGGAUUGGAUUAGAUGCAAAAAUUUCAUUAGAAUUUAAUAAUAAGAGAGAGGAGCACCCUGAAAAAUGCAGGAGCCGAACUAAAAACUUGAUGUGGUAUGGAGUCCUUGGAACUCGGGAAUUAUUACAAAGAUCAUACAAGAAUUUGGAACAGAGGGUUCAACUCGAAUGCGACGGGCAGUAUAUUCCUCUCCCCAGUCUGCAAGGAAUAGCAGUGCUGAACAUCCCCAGCUAUGCCGGAGGCACUAACUUUUGGGGUGGAACUAAAGAAGAUGAUAUAUUUGCUGCACCAUCAUUUGAUGACAAGAUCCUAGAAGUCGUUGCAAUAUUUGACAGUGUGCAAAUGGCCGUUUCAAGGGUCAUUAAACUGCAGCACCAUCGAAUCGCCCAGUGCCGUACAGUAAAGAUCACUAUCUUUGGUGACGAGGGAGUCCCAGUGCAGGUGGACGGAGAAGCAUGGGUUCAGCCUCCAGGGAUUAUCAAGAUCGUGCACAAGAACAGAGCUCAGAUGCUCACCAGGGACAGGGCCUUUGAAAGCACCCUGAAGUCUUGGGAAGAUAAGCAGAAGUGUGAUUCGGGUAAGCCAGUUCUCCGAACGCACUUGUACAUCCAGCACGCGGCGGACCUGGCCACCGAGGAAGUGUCUCAGAUGCAGCUGUGCUCGCAGGCGGCCGAGGAGCUCAUCACCAGGAUCUGCGAUGCGGCCACCAUCCACUGUCUCUUGGAGCAGGAGCUGGCCCACGCGGUGAACGCCUGCUCCCACGCCCUGAACAAAGCCAACCCACGCUUCCCAGAGAGUCUUACAAGAGACACUGCCACUGAAAUAGCCAUCAAUGUGAAGGCCCUAUAUAAUGAAACAGAAUCUUUACUAGUGGGCAGGGUUCCUUUGCAAUUGGAGUCUCCACAUGAAGAGCGAGUAUCCAAUGCCUUACAUUCCGUGGAAGUGGAGCUACAGAAGUUAACAGAGAUUCCAUGGCUUUAUUAUAUCUUACACCCGAAUGAGGAUGAGGAGCCCCCCAUGGAUUGCACCAAGAGAAACAGCAGAAGCACGGUAUUUCGUAUUGUGCCCAAAUUCAAAAAGGAGAAGGUUCAGAAGCAGAAGACAAGUUCACAGCCUGUUCAGAAAUGGGGCACGGAGGAAGUUGCUGCUUGGCUGGAUCUGCUCAAUUUGGGAGAGUACAAAGAAAUCUUCAUCCGCCAUGACAUCAGAGGGGCUGAGCUUUUGCAUCUGGAAAGGCGAGAUCUUAAGGACCUGGGGAUACCGAAAGUGGGUCAUGUGAAGCGAAUUCUCCAGGGAAUUAAAGAGCUUGAAAGGAGCACCCUCCAGCCUGAGGUGUAAUCAUACUGGUGCUAUUCCUUGGAAGGAAGGUCAUCGCUACUUAAUACAAAGUCCUUGGGAGCCAUUGGCUGUUCUUGUAGUUUUCUGCCUAGAUGAGUAAGCACCACUAAGACACCUCUAUGGCUUAAUAUUUUGCUAUGGGUGAAAAUUUUGAUUUGAGGUAUUAGAAAAUAUUUUUGUGCCAAAAAAAUACAUUCCACGAAGCCAUUUUCUUAUUGUGCAAACCUGACAUGUUCAAAUAUGCUCAUAUUAGUAAAAAGGCAGGAGGAAUCUGAGACAACUGCAUUGUCCAAAAGGUGGAACUGCAGAAUGUUUACUUUCCUUUAAUCUGGUCAGGUGGGGUUUUCUUAUCGCACAACCACAUAAAAAUAUGUGGCUGAAACUUACCGGGUUUCAUUGUUAAAGGCAUUGGCUUCUUCCCUCAGAUCACUGGCUAGAGGACGAAGAUGUCAGUUAAGUGGUGUUUUGAAUUGGUAUCAUUUCAGAUUUCUAGCUCUCAGUGGUCAAAGAAUAUGGUUAAAAUCCCUCAAACACUAUGAAUGAAUGCAGAUCUUAAUGCACGAUGUCGCUGCCUGAAUUGUUUUUCUGUUUCUUGCAUGUCACAUUUAAUAUGUAACACUUAGCUUUAACGUCAGUUUUAAUGGAAUUUAAUUUAUUAUUACCUAACGGAGGAGCCUGGUGGGCCGCCAUCCAUGGGGUCGCGAAGAGUCGGACAGGACUGAGCGACUUCACUUUCACUUUUCACUUUCAUGCAUUGGAGAAGGAAAUGGCAACCCACUCCAGUGUUCUUGCCUGGAGAAUCCCAGGGACGGGGGAGCCUGGUGGGCUGCCGUCUCUGGGGUCGCACAGAGUCGGACACGACUGAAGCGACUCAGCAGCGGUAGCAGCAGCAAGUACCUUUUGGUUGGCUAAAGGCUCUUUUCUGUUCUUUGAUGUGGAAUUUUGCAUAUUCUGUAUCUAAGAAUCUGUGAACAUGUGUCAGGGCCCCAAUCAACAAAUGAUACAUAUCUUAUGCAAGCCAAUUUUAUAUCAGUCUGUCGUAAAUAGCAGGUGUGCACAUUAAGAAAAUUCUCUGUAUAUUUUCAUAAAAUUAUGUUGUGUUGUCUUAAGAAAACUUAGUAUAGCUCUCCAAACCAAAAUUCCCACGGUGUUUUUCAUUUCAACUUAAUAUUUAUUUAAUACUCUGUUUGCAUCUAUAAUAUAACAGACUGUUGACAACCAGGAAUUUCCCCAGUGUCUCAAACUAGAAUCAGUAUACUGACUGGCCACCAGAGUCAUCCAUUUGCUAAAGAGACAAUUGACAGAAACUUCCCAAUGAAAGAGAUUUAAAUUUUUUCUUUAGGGCUUUCCAUUAUUAUUAUCUCACUUAAUUCUUAUAUCCUGUCAGGCAGAUUUUAUUUUCCUUUCUAUAAACCACUCUACUUCAAUAUAGUGCAUGAGAAGUUAACAUUUCUGCGAUCAAAAUCUUUGAAAGCCAAAGGCAUACCUAUCACAGAGUCAGAAAAAUGUCCUCAAAUAAAUUUACUUUAGACAUUAUAUACUAAAAACUUCAUUAUAGUAUUUAAAAAUCUUCUAUAUAAGAGAAUUAAACAGGGUACUAACCCAGUGGUGACAGUUUCCAUAAAGUAGCCUUCUAGGUAGGUGCUCAAAAGAUAUACAUACUCACAUAAAUAUAUAGACACACAUAUAUGUACACAUACACGUAUACAUUUAUAUGUAUGUUCAUACUUGCAUACGUGUAAUCUAAAAUAUAUUUUCAUUGAUAUUUUCUAGACUUUUUUGCCAAAUGCUUAAAGAGAAAUAUUGAUGGGAAAACAUUUAAAAUGAGCUAUUGUCAGACAUAUAAUUUAAUUGUAUCAAAAGGGUUUACAUAUUUGACACUUUAUUUAUGAUUUGAGUAUUUACUAGUAAAAGUCACAGUUUGGAUAUCUUAAAAAUAAAUGAACUCAGGCUCCUGA